AUGAGGACUCUUCAGUCUAUGGCCCUGGUUGCGGGCUUAUUAUCAGAAGCAACCGCCGACGGUGUCAUCCCCCGAGCCCUACCCAACGCCCCCAACGGGUACGCUCCAGCAAAUGUCUCCUGCCCAGCAGAACGACCAACAAUCCGCAGCGCAUCCUCUCUUUCGUCUAACGAGACAUCAUGGCUCUCCCUCCGCCGCAACCACACCGCUCAGGCCAUGCGCGACUUCUUCGGACAUGUCAGUCUCCCCGGCUUUGAUGCCGUGAGCUAUAUUGACCGUGUCGUAAACGACAAUGCUACCAAUCUACCAAUCGUCGCUAUUGCGGUCUCCGGUGGUGGUUAUCGUGCCAUGUUGACAGGUGGCGGUGCCCUCAAAGCGUUUGAUAGUCGGACACCCAACAGCACGUCAAGCGGCCAAAUUGGUGGCUUGUUGCAGAGUGCGACGUAUGUUUCGGGCUUGAGUGGUGGUAGUUGGCUGCUUGCCUCUAUAUAUGUGAAUAAUUUUACGACAAUCGGUGAUUUGCAGGCCGAUGGGGUCGGCGAGGCGUGGCAGCUCGGCAAUUCGAUUCUGGAAGGUCCUUCGAGGGGUGGUUUCCAGCUGUUGAGCAGCGCCGAGUACUAUAACACCAUUUCCGAUCAGGUGCAAGCCAAAUCGGACGCUGGAUACAAUACUACUCUUACUGAUAUUUGGGCACGAAUGCUGUCGUUCCAAUUCAUCAAUGCUACUGAUGGUGGUCCAAGCUACACCUGGUCCUCAAUCGCCUUGGAGAGUAACUUCGCCAGCGGGAGCAUCCCCAUGCCAUUGGUCGUCGCCGACCUUCGCUCUCCCGGCGAGACAAUCGUCGGCACGAACUCUACCGUCAUGGAAUUCAGUCCCUUUGAAUUUGGUUCCUGGGAUCCUACCAUCUACGGCUUUUCGCCGCUGGAAUACCUUGGAUCGAAAUUUAACAAUGGCAGUCUCCCCCAAGACCACAGCUGUGUGCGCGGUUACGACAAUGCUGGGUUCGUGUUUGGUACUUCGUCGACUUUGUUUAAUGAUUUCAUCCUAUAUGUCAAUAGCUCUGGCCUACCCAACGUCCUUGAGCAUUUGAUCACGAAUGCUCUCAACCAACUCGGCCGGGAUAACGAGGAUAUCGCUGAUUAUGUCAAUCCCUUCUACAACUACACGCAAAACACCGGACUGGUCGCUCAGACCGAGACACUCAGUGUCGUUGACGGUGGCGAGGACUACCAGAACAUCCCACUCUAUCCUCUUAUCCAACCAACGCGUCAUGUCGAUGUGAUUUUUGCCGUGGACAGUUCUGCCGAUACGAACGACAGCUGGCCCAACGGAGCCAGUCUCGUUUAUACUUAUGAGCGUAGCUUGAAUUCCUCUGGAAUAGGAAAUGGCACCUCUUUCCCAGCGGUGCCUGACCAGAACACAUUCAUCAACAAGGGUCUCAACACCCACCCGACAUUCUUCGGAUGCAACAGCUCAAACACAUCUACCCCAACUCCAUUAAUCGUUUAUAUUCCAAACUACCCCUACGUGGCCUACUCCAACCUGUCCACUCUGACCCUCUCAAUCAACAACACCGAGCGUGACGCUUUGAUUCAGAAUGCAUAUGACAUGGCGACCAUGGCAAACGGCACCCGCGACCCAGACUGGCCAGCCUGCGUCGGCUGCGCCAUGCUGGGUCGCUCGUUCGAGAGGACCAACACCACCGUCCCUGAUAUCUGCAAUACUUGUUUCGACAGAUACUGCUGGGAUGGUACCACCAACAGCACUACUCCUGCUACCUAUGCACCGUCAUCGUAUCUUGCCACGUUGAAUGUCAUGGGUGGGGUAGGAUCUAUGAAGGUGCCAAAGAUGGUUUUUUUGGCUCUUGGUACGGUGGCCAUGACUGCUAUGGCGCUGUAG